UCGCCUCAGUCGGCCUCCAGCCAGCGAGGGGGAUGUAUGUAGUCUCUUGUCUGGUCUCCUGUGCUCGAUCGUUGCCACUCACGUGUGAUCGCUGGCUCGUGGCUCCCGCGCGGCUUUAACUCCUCACCCAAAAUAGUCCACGUCCGACCAGCUGGCAGGUGGUGCAGAUCCACGUGACGGCUAACAAUGAACAGUGCUGCUUGUGAGCUUGCUUGCUGAUAAUUUCAGUCUUCACAGUUAGCUCUCUUAAUUUUUUUCUCUUGACACGUACCUCGUAACGAAACAUUUGUUACUGAAGAUGCGGUAACGAGACGCAGGCAAAAGGUAAAGGGAAGGAAAACAAGAGACCCAGACAAUGAAGGACUACAUCAGAGUGCCAUUACUAAGGCAAACCGACUGACCGUACGUGGUGCUCUAAGAUUUUUUUUCUCUUGACACGUAUCUCGUACCUAAACAUUUGUUACUGAAGACGCGGUAACGAGACGCAAGCAAAAGGUAAAGGAAAGAAAAAGAGGAAAACAAGAGAUCCAGAAAGUGGAGAACUACAUCAGAGUGCCAUUACUAAGGCAACACGACUGACUGUGAACUGCACAGAACAAGCAAGGCUGGGGUGAGGGAUUGACGUCAGUGAGUGAGUGUUGACCGAAGGCUUGUGACGUCUGUGUAUAAGCUUAUCGCGUCUUGCUAGAAACGGUGACCUCUCUGCACAUCUCUUCUACCGUUAUUGUGUACCUAAUAACGACAGAAAGAAAGAGGACGUGAGAUAGACAAAUAUUUCAGUAUUCAAAUAAAACAAGAAGAAACAAAGCUUAAUCGUAAGAAGGAAAUGAACUGAGACACAAAAAAAGGGGAAAAAAGAGAAAAUAAAAAAUGACAAUGAACAGAAUUGACAGUGAACAGUGAUAGUGAACGUAUAGUGACACACACACACACACACACAUAGGUUAUAAUCUCACUCUUCCAAAAGUAACCCGACACACACACACACACACACACACACACACACACACACACACACACACACACACACACACACACACGCACGCACGCACACAGUGACCUUCCUCAGUGCCCAAACGUAACUUGACACCGAAUAAUUUGACCCUUCAAGUGGAUAUCAUAUGAAAGAACAACCCAGACAGUGCAUCUUAUUAGCAAGCGAUCGAGGGAGAUGCAAUCAAAUGAAAGCCAAUAAAUAAGAAAAUACUAAAUACUAAGAAUAAACGACUAAGGGACUAUGAUAACUAAAAGCGAAGGAAACAGCGGCAGGAAAAGGAAGAGGAUGAGGGACUAAGGAAGAGGACAAAGCAGGGAGAGUGAGGAAAAAAAAGGCGUAAGAAAAUAAUUAGUGUAUCAACAUGUGUCUGUCAGCGGCGGCGGCGGCGGUGGUGGCGGCGCUGCUCGUGAUGACAGCUCUGCCUCACGCCCUCCAUGGCUCAGUGACGGAGGCCAGCGGCGGUGAUGGUGGUGGUAGCAGCAGUAGUGGUGUUGGUGCUGGUCUCGGUGGUGGACCUGGAAGCGUGCCCGUGAUCGUUGAAGAACCCACCGACGAAAUAGUGAGGCGGAACGACCCCCUCACACUUUACUGCAAGGCUACGGGCGACCCACCUCCCAAGAUUAUGUGGUACAGAACGGACUCCGAGGCGCCGCUCCGGGACAGGGACAGCCGCAUGCAACUUCCCGACGGUUCUCUCUUCUUCUACCGCCUGCGAGGGAGAGACCGUGGCACCUACUACUGUGUGGCCCGCAACGCUGCCGGCACCGCGACUUCCAGGCGGGUCACCGUUCAGAUGGCGUAUCUUCGCGAGGUGUUCCGCAAGUCACCACUCAGCCUGGGUGUGAAUGAAGGCGAAUCGUCCGUUUUCGAGUGUGACCCGCCCAAGGGACACCCAACGCCUGUGGUCACCUGGAGGCUGGACGGCAGAGACCUCAUCCUGCCCAGACACAGGUACAGGCAAGACGGGUCCACGCUGAUGGUGUCCCACGUGGUGCCGGCCGACGAGGGGGAGUACCAGUGUGUGGUGACCAAUAUGGCGGGGAGGAGAGUGUCGCAAGUGGCCAUGCUGACGGUGUAUGAGGGGGCGCGAGUCGGGGGCGUCGUGAAGAGCAUGGUGGGCGUGGCCGGCCACGACGUGACGCUCCCCUGUGUGCCCUCCGGGAAGCCAGACCCCCAGGUGAUCUGGCGGCGUGCGGAUGGCCUGAUGCCCGUGGGUCGCGCCGCCAUGGGCCGGGACUGGAGCCUGACCAUCACGUCCCUGAGGGCUGCCGACCAGGGCGUGUACGUGUGCGCGGCCACCAACUCAGCGGGCACCCACGCGGCCAACACCUCCCUGCUGGUGGUUGAGCGGCCGAGGGCAGAGGGCGGCGUGCGGCCCCGCAUCGCCGUCAUCACACCGUCUCAUGUACGUCAGAUCAGCUGCCCCAUCACAGCCGUGCCCACGCCCGUCAUAUUCUGGGCCAAGGAGAACCACGGGAGGCAGGCAGCGCAGCGGGCGGCGGGGGAGGCGGUGGUGCCAGGCCGGGAAGAAGUUGGCGAGGACAUUUACCGACUGGCGAGGGAGCAGCCGUGGGUGGUGGCGAGCAACUCAGCGAGCGGCGUGGAGGAGGGCGCCGCCAGGGUGGACCACGCCUACAACCUGCACGUCACCACUCGCCACGAAGGGCUGUGGGCGUGCAUGGCUGCCAACGAAGUUGGAGGUGUGGUGAUGCCCGUGCGUGUGGUGGGCGGCGGCGUGGCUCGCGGCACUGUGUCCGUGGGGAUGGUUGGGGUGGAUGAGGUGGAGGCACGGGCGGCACUCCUCACACCCAUACUGGAGCAGGGCUUUCCUUCCUCAUCCACACCCACCACGGCUGUUGUCACCUGGAGGCUGACACAUCGGCCCAAGCACAUAGAGGGCAUCUACAUCCUUGGGUGUGAGCGAGGCAGUGGUUUCGUCCCCCCACGCGUACAGCAGCAGCUCCAGACCCACGACAUCUCCCUCCUGCACCACCCACGCCCACACAACCACCACCACCCACCCACGGACCCCACCGCCUCCACCACCUCCACCUCCACGUCCACCACUCAUCACCACCUGCAGGACAAUGUGGAUAGUGUGCCAGAUGUCCGUUUUGAAGACACAGUGGAACAUAUUCUAUUAGAGACUCAGCCCAGAGGGAGCGUCAGGCCCAACACCACCACAGGGACAGAGGAAGGGGAGGACAAUGUACCAACGCCCCCUCGCUGCUCCACCUUAAGGCUCAUGGGUCACACUCUGAGCCCAGCCAAGAUGUCGUACCAGGUUAACGGCCUCCACCCCUAUACCUCCUACUGGUUCCUCCUGCUGCCUCACUACAAGGGUGUGCUAGGCGUGCCCUCCAACCUGCAGUCCUUCACCACGCCGCAGGAUGUGCCUGCAGAGUGGCCGGUCCUCUCCCGGUGGUGGGCGGCGCGCGUGGGUCCAGCCACCUACGCCCUCACCCUGCACUGGCGCCCCCUCCCCCCACACCUGGCAAGGGGCAUCAUAGUAAGGUACCAGGUUGCCGUGAGGGAGAGAGACACCGGCGUGACCCACAACGUCAGUGUGAUGGGCGACCUGACCACCCUCACGCUGCCCAAUGUGACCUCCUCUCGGGUGGAUGUGGUUUUGGCGGCCUCCACCGUUAAGGGCGCCGGCUCCCCCUCGCCCCCCACCAGCCUCAACCUGCUCAUGACACACCUUACGGAGCCUGGUGUGGGGCUGGGUGUGGUGCGGUCGGCGUGGUUCCUGGUGCUGGCGGGCGGGGCGGUGACGGUGCUGGUGGUGCUGGUGGGCUGCACGCUGGCCGCCCGCUGGUGUGCUCACAGCCUCGCACACUCAUCCCUUCCACCGGACAUGGGUCACAGCAAAGUGGGCAGCCCUUGGGUGGAUGUGGGAGGCCUGUGGACGCCCGUGCCCACCCAUGACCUCAACUCCGACAAGUCAGAGCGGAAGCUGCUGGCCAAUGGGUCCUCCUCGGCGGACUAUGUGGAGGUGGAGUCCAAGCCACACCGUGAGGAUGACCUGCCCAAGAACAGACUAGAGGUGUGGCCGGGUGGACUCCUCGCCCCCUCCCCCUCCCCAUCCCGGGCCUCCACGUCAUCACACAAGCCAAAGCAACUCAAACAGGGUGAGCUGGUGUCAUCGCGAGCCUCCCGGGCCGAGCACAGCCACGGCUCGCUGCUCCGCCAGACCUCAGACUCACACCACAGCCGGGACUCUGACACAGGCACAUGGUACACCAGCGAGUACUGCGGCUGCUGUCGAGGCGAUUCUAAGCUCGGGCUGCACCACAAGUCUCUCUGCACCUCCUCCACCCCCUCACGCUGCUCCACCAUCCUCCACGUCAACCUCAACCCACCCUCGGAGUGCGGCUACACAUCAGUGGGCACAGACACCUACGAGGCUGUCACCACGUACGAGGAGGCGGCGGACCUGCACGAGGAGACGCACCGAGGGAAGGGAGCGACAUCUGCACGCCAGACGAGACUCAACACAGAAUCAACGACGGAUCUCUCCAUGGACUGUUACAACUACUCGGACGAGGACUGCGACGCCACCCACUCCUGCAGCGACACCGAGGCCUCGUUCUUCAUCCCCCACAACGAUAUUCGGGAACGGGAGCUGGAGAGAAGACGUCCCUCCAUGGGUGACGUCGGACUGCACCAGGACUUCCAGAAGGCUCUCGACAAGGAAGCCAAGUCCAAGGAGCGUGAGUUUCGGAUAGCACACCUUUCCACGUCCUUCAUGGGUGACGCUCGGCUGGAACAGGAGCUCCAGAAAGAUGGAAACAAGGAAUCGAACCCCAAAGACAAAAAAAUCCCCAGUAGUUUGCAAAGCCGAGACUCUUCCACAAACUCCGUCAACUCAUCCAGCAAGCCACAGUCGGCCAAGAGCUCCAAGAGGGUUAGCUCGCGCUCGUCCAUGUCACAGGACUCUCUGGAGGAGCAGUUUGAACAGACUCUCAGGAUGAUCUCUCAGGCGGAAUUCUACAACCUUGACUCAGAGAACCUCGACAGCCUCCCCACGUCUGCCUUUGACUAGGAUGUGAAUAGUGGGUUAGUGAGUGACCUCGGCAGGAACAGUGGACCUCAUGUGCUUCUUAAACAGUGCCAACCGGAAGGCCAGUGUCCAGGUAGCUUGGAAAAUGGAAAGUCACGUGACAUGUGGUACAGUGAACCUUUUUGGCAACUCCAGAGUGAUGAUUAGUUCACUCAAAGGAUAAAUUUACGCUCUCAGAAAAGUAUUGGCUGUGCAAAAGUCAUCCCACUAAGCUUGGCCUUUAAGAGUUGACUUAAAGAUGGGUGUGUGCUGUGGUGGAUGGUGUGUUCCACCAGGCAUUACAAGGUCAUCAUGGUGGAAGGAGACGAGUGGAGACGGAAACAUAGACUCCCGUGUAAGAGUUUUAUGGACAGAAGGAUGACUGCAUGAUUCCCAAGAACACAACACACCAUUACAAGCUUUCCCUCCCUCACAUGACAUAACUUGGCAUUAAUGCAGACAACACCACCACUUGUACGGGUCAAUGGCUACAUCCAACACUUGUUUUCUAUCAGUAACAGAGUGGCGCAAUAAGCUGAGAAAAAAGCCAUUCAUAGUGAGCAUGUGGAGUUCAUUGAAGGUGAAACACAGUUUAGUGGCUUCCGUCAGUUCUUGAGUUAGUGAUAACUUGACAUAUUUUAGUAAGGGACAGCUUGAAAUAUUCCCUUCACCAUUGUCUUUGCAUCAUAUCAUAGUGACACAAGUGGAGAGAUAAGUGAAGAAAUCAACGUUUCCAUGUAAUAUACUGUGAACGUUUCAUACAAUGCCAUGAAGACUCUCCUGUGACUGAAAUGUGCCAGUACUGUGAAGGGAAGAAACACAUCCAUGUAAUGAUCUUUCAUCAUGCAACACCAGUGCAUGACACACCGUGACAACGUAUGGAGUAUGUGUGCAUAUCACGUACGGGGUCCACACACACCACCCUUUGGACAGAGUAGAGUCAGUCUUUUUGUCUCAUCAGCUCCCCUCUUCUUACCAAUAGUCUUCUACCUCUCAAACUCUCCAGCAAACAACUCUGAACUUGCUAACUGCUUGUCUCUGCCCCUCCCACGGCCACAAUGCGCAUAACAUUCUACUUUAGCUCGCAGCCCUUCUAUCCAAAACCCCUACACAGGAGUUACCCAGCAUCUUUAUUCCUUCAUCCCUUCCACUGGCUAACUGGAGUAGCCUUCCUUCACAUGUAUUUCCUCCUUCCUGUGACUUGAACUCUGAAGAGGGGAGCAUCGAGACACCUCACUAACUGAAUCUGUUUACUCUUACAUCUUGCAGGAGCAGCGCUGAGCAGGCUUUUUCAUGACCUUGAACUGUGUCUGUUACUGUAGGAAAGAAAAAUAUCAGUGACAUCCAGGGAGGUGUUUAACCCAGUAGCUGCAGGGAUCACGUUUCUUAAAGGCCGCUCUAAGCGAGAAAAAUGAGAAAAAAUCAUCACUCACGCAAACCCUUUCAUAAUAUAUAUCAAAGCAUUUGUGAUCAGUUUAUGCAUCAUCUAUUUUUGGGGGUUUAUAUCAUGGCAAAAAUUUGUCCUGUCGCUGCUACACAGUAAAGCCACAAAUUUGGCCCGUCGCUGCUGCCGGGUUAAGCAAGGCAUGUUGUGUGUGUGUGUGUGUGUGUGUGAUAUGUAAACACACACACUUGGUGCCUCCCAUAUGAAGCCAGCAGCAGCCUGGUUUGAGCUGUCUUGAGGCCCUGGAAGGCUGUACUACCACUCCUGUUACUCACUCACGAUCUCGUCUUGUACUCUCACUCUAGAAUGCUCAAUGUAUCUUCAUAUCAGAACCAUGUACAACGUCCGAGAAUACGUAUUUUACAGCUGCAGAA